UUGUGAACCGCACGUGGUUGUUGUGUACUGUGGACGCCGCUGCACCUGUCUAAGCGUGAUUUUUACACCACGUGUUUUGCACGCGUGAAAUGUGCGAGAUGCAGUCAUAGACUGCUUGAUUUGGGAGUUUAACAACCAGUAUAUUAAGUCAUUCGCUGUCGGCUUGUGGUGAUGAAGCGAUCCAACCCCUCCGAAAAAGUGGAAAACUUAACACCGGGCAAAACCAAGUAUCGGGUGCACAAAGUGCGAUUUUACCAGCCAAGUCCAAAAUCAAUCAAUGUGUUAUCUUAUGAUGGCACACAAGACAAAGUAGCGGUUGUAAGGGCAGAUUUUUCAAUAGAACUUUGGAACUUGAAAUACACUCCAUGCAUCGAAGGGGUGAUCCCAAGUGAUCCAGACACUUCUAUUGAAGCGGCAGCAUGGUUCAAUGGGAUGCUGUUCACUACUGGUCUUAAUGCGCACAUUACGCAGUAUAACCUAGCCACAUUGCAACCAAAGUAUUCUGUUGCUGUCACAUCGGGUCCGGGUUGGUGCUUGGCAGUCAAUCGUCACCGAGCACACAUUGCAGCUGGUACAGAAGAAGGCUAUGUGUGCAUUUUUGAGAUAGAUGAUUCUGGGGGUCUCAACUUUUACAAGACUUUGGACAAGCAAGAUGGUCGAAUUUUGUCACUAGCCUGGCAUGUUGAUGGAAAUGUUAUUGUCACUGGCUCAGCAGACGUAAUUAGGAUAUGGGACGUUGAAUCUGGCCACACAACAGACAGAAUUUUAGUGGGACGAGCUGAGAAGCAGAAAGAAACCCUUGUCUGGUGUUUAGCAGUCACAAAUGACUUCACUAUCAUAAGUGGUGAUUCCUCAGGCAGGACUUCAUUCUGGGAUUUGCAGACAACCACACAAAUCGAUAGUUUCAAAGCACAUAAUGCCGAUGUCCUGACACUCACCCUGACAGACGAUGAGAGAAGGGUUUUUACUUCUGGCAUUGACCCACUCCUUAUGGAAUUUACACGGGUCAGUCAUUCAACCUCCAAAGCGCACAGCUGGGUCAAGUCCACGCAGAAAACUAUCCACACACAUGACGUCAGAGCGCUAGUUUUUGCCAAGAACUGCAUCAUCUCUGGAGGUGUUGAUACAUAUCUCGUCUUUUCAUCAUCCACAAUGCUGACCAAGCACUUCCCAAAGCAGCACUCAGCCUUACACCUCUCCUGCUCAACUGGUCACCUGCUUCUGAACUACAAGUCACACGUGGACCUCUGGCGGUUAGGGUCGUCAGAACUUGAAGCAGGUAGCCCUGGAAAAGCCCUACCUCUGUCGAAUAAGCCAUUGCACAUAGCACAAGUGAAAGCAAAACGAGGGUCUCCAUUUGUCUGUGCCGCUCUUUCAAAUGACUGCAAGUGGCUUGCUUGUUCAUCCCUUGUGAAUGUGCACCUCUACAGCCUCCAGCUGGACACAGACAACAGCAUUCCCCCAGUUGUACAGAAAGUCAUGCCACUUAUAGAUACUCUGGUGCCAUCAAGCAGUCUCCUUUUCACAUCUGAUAGCAGCAAACUUGUUGUAAUUUGUCUUGAGUACAUUCAAAUCUGGAAGUUGGAAUGUGCACCUGUACUCGUUCAUACUUUUCCACCUAGCUCAACAGCAUCUAGCAUUCACCUUGCGUGUGUCAGUUCUGGAAAUUUCCUGGCCACAGCUGAUGGCAGAAGCAAUAUUAACGUGUAUGACUUAUCAAGCUUGAAGCUAAAAUGCAAGUUGCCCAUGCAUAAUGGCUUCCCGACUGUCAUGAAGUUUGCCCCAGAUUCUACCAGCCUCAUUGUGGUCUAUAGUGACAAUAGAGUUGUUGAAUUCAGUGUUGCCACAUCUUCAUACACAAGCUGGUAUCAGAAAAUUCACGCAGCGGGUGGAAUUGCAAUUUCUACAAAGUCGUCACUCACAGGAAUAGCAUUUGAUCCAAAACGCAAAAGUUUGAUUAUGGCAUAUAAUGACCAUGAACUUUUCAUCAUAGACAAGGAAAAGGAACUUCAGGCAAGAAAUAAGCAAAGUGGUCGGAAGGCUUCAGCCAUAAGAAGAAAUUUGGAGUUUAAGUGGCUGCUUAUGUUUGAUAGCUUGCACAAUGGAGACAUGGUGGCUGUGGAAGUUCCGCCUGCACACAUCCUCCAGCAGCUGCCACCUCCGCUGUGGCAAAAGAAGUACGGUACAUAAAGUAAAGGGCCGAAAGUGUUAUGAUCGACCGUCUGCAAUAAAUUGUUUUAAUUUUUAUAAA